UGCCACUGGUCUCGGCUGCGUGAUAUUCGGCCGGAACCCGCGGAUUGCCGCCGGGUGGAGUCGGUGAGGAAUAUUCGAACGCGGUAUCGCGCACCACCGCGUCACUCGGAUACGCCGAACACGCGACUCGCGAGCGAUAAGAAGCCGCGUUCGAUUGUGACAGUUCGUCGGACACGAGAGAGAGAGAGAGAGGAUAGCGGCGCGAGAGAGGGGCUGUGAAAAGGAAGGAGGUACGCGUCGGCUGGCAGUUGAGCUUCGUAUAAACGCCGGACGCCAAGCCGCCUGCCUCUAACUUCACGUAGCGUUGAUCGAACGUUGUUCAUCGACUCUCUCGCCGGAGACUCAACGGACUCAUUUCCUUCUUCACGGACACGAUUCGCGAGGAUUCGUCGUCUCUCUCUCUCUCGCUUCACGGUCAUCCCGCCGCGACCGUCCGCCGCCACCCUUCGCGCGCGCUAUCACUCAGGUGCGUGUGCACUCGCGGGGUACGUCAACAUCGUCAUCAGCCGAGGUGAGAACGCCGAUCGACAGGAUGAACUACGGGGACAUGUCGAACGUCGAUCCCGCUAGGACGAGCCUGCGGAGGAUCGCCUUGCACGAUGAGGCGGAGUUCAGCAACGCCAGUAUCCUGAAUAUCAUGGAGAAGUUCGUGCGCACGGUGAGCGAAAUGGAGGACACGAUCCUGGUGCCGAGCCGGCUGCUGGACCUGUCGGUGGGCGAUGCCGGCGACACGAUCAGCAUGAAGGGCAAGCGCGGCCACACGGUGAGGGACACUCUGGCCAACACCGACCUGUACCGCCUCUACAACAUCAUCAAUCAGAUGAAAACCGAGCUGCUGUGGUCGCAGGAGUCGGCCCAGGACGGCGACAUGGGUGCGGACCAGGGUGUCCUCAAGAGUAGCAGCAGUAGCAGCAGCAGCAGCAGCAGCAGUACCUGCAGCAGCAGUGGCAGCUCGGCCGAGUUGGCACCGGCAAUGCAACACCAUUCCGCGGGCAGACUCGGCCACGCUCGAUGCCCCAGCACGACCUCGAUGCAGAGCGUCCAGAGCGCCUCCUCGAUCGUCUCCACUUCGGAUUCAGACUCCGAGGCCGGCAUCGAGAUCGACUCCGGCCUGGAGGGCGAGGAAUGCGCGGACCUCGCGAGCGUCGUCGCCGACAACUUCAGGCGCCACCUGCGCGGCCUUCACCGCAGCAUCGCCCGCAUGACCGAGGCCGCCGAGUACCUGACGCUGCGGUAUCAGGCCGACGUUGGCGGACAGGUCUGAUUCGCCGCCACCACUACCAUUGCCACCUCCACUGUCAUUAUUAUCACCACCACCACCGUCGCUACCAUUUCUACCGCCGGCGCGUCGAUCGGCAUCCUCCUCGCGAGCGAUUUCCGCGUAAGCGUCCUUGCCUCACCGUCGAUCUCACGGACACUUCCGCGAUCAUCCGUGAUAGCCGCCCGCCUGUCGGCUUUGUAGGCGCUCUCUCUCUUUCUCCUCAGACGUUCCCGGAGACGACGAGCGUUCGCCUCGAGCACAGGUGUCGGGGAGAGCUCGCGGGGUCGCGCUCGCUGUGGAAUCGCUGGAAUUCGCUAUUGGCUCGCUCGCUCGUGCCACGCUCAACGAUGUAUCUUUCUCGGCGUUUUCACUCCGUGUGUACCGCGGAAGUGAAGUCGCGAUCGGAAAACGGCCGUUUUUUCUAUUCUUAUUCGUGGAAAACUACGGAAGACGUAUUUUCCCUCCUUACUCUCUUUUGCCUUCUCCGGAGACGCCGUGAAGACUUCGAUCGACGUAUCCCCCCCCCCCGCCCCCCUUGAGUUUUUCCGUUUCGAGCUCUUUUUCCUUUUGAGAAUUUCUCUUCGCGUCACUGAGGAGUUCGAUCGCCCGUUCGAGGUACAACUGGACGCGUGUACAUACUUUACAUAUAUAUAGUCAAACGCGCGUUACAUCGGAAGAUAAUUAUCAAUUUCUUCAUUUGCUCGGGUUCACAUUGAUUUAACAGGUGUAUACAUAUGCAUACGUUUGUUAUAGUUCUCUCCAUUGGUUCGGAAACUCUUAUACAUACAUAUAUAAACGAUAGAUCUUUCACUAAGUAAGCUUAGAGAAGAUAUAUUUCGACACCAAGGUAAAGUAAAAAGAAAUAGGCAAAUGAUUCGAAAGUAUUUGGACAUUUCAAGAAUCGAUUGUAAAUCGCAGAGAGCGAGAGAAAUAAGGGGCGGGGGGGAAGGGUGCACCAGGCAGGCAGAGAAAUAGUUCGUGUAAAUAUCAUCCCAACUUCGUCCCAGCAAACACAAAAAGUAACAAUUAUAUAAAUGUUAAUUCUAAUUUCCCGCUAAAUAAUAUAACUGUUACUUAAUGCAUGUAUUAACGUAACAGUCAUAUUAUUGAGUAGAAAAUUACACUACUAACAUUUAUAUAUAUAUAACUGUUGCUUUGUGUUUGCUGGGAUUGUUUUAUACGAUAAGAGAGACGAGUUGGCGUUUGCAAAAUGUAAGUCGCUCGCGGCGAAUGGUAGUCUUAUGUGGUCGAUUAACGUCGGCGAUGAUUCUAUAUUGCUGUAAAUAAAUACUGCUGCAUAUCGAAAAGAAGGAGCGUGCAUUUUGAAUGGCCCCGGAACUGAGCGAGAUUGUACAAAACUGUGUUGCGCUACAACUUUUUUUACUCGUCGCCAUUCGUUGAGAGAGAGAGAGAGAGAGAGAGAGAGAGAGAGAGAGAGANAGAGAGAGAGAGAGAGAGACGAUCGCAGAGUCGAAUCUCCGUUUCCGCCUCUCUCGAGGUGAGACGAACGAGCCUGAAAAAACAUUGCCGUCUAAAGUACGAUUCGCUCCCGACGCCGCGUCGUCGGCGAUCGACACUUUAGCCUGUAAAUAUAAAUGUACGCGUAGCGCUGCGAUUAUUUAUUCCCACGGCUAGUGUAGAGUCGAUAAAAAGUUAAGCGGUUUAAGCUGCGGCCGUGCGCGUUCCUUCUCGCGUCGGACGUGCACACGGUGCGUGCGGAGGAAAGCUCGCAACACCUUCAUCUCGAGGUACUUGAGGAAUGAUUCGAAUUUAAUUUUGCAAAUUCUGAGACUUGGUUUCCGUACAGAGAAUAGAUCCUCUCGGGUUGGACCCGAGAUGCGUUGCGCGAGGUGAAAAUGUCGCGGUCUCUCAUUCGCCGAUUCUCUACGCGACGUACAUGUUCGCACGCGCGAACAGUAACAGUUGCCGGGACGUAAGUAGCGCCGUUUCAGGUCUGCAAUAGGUGUCUUAAGCCUUAAGAAAUCGUCUGACCACAGUCGAAUGUGAGGAGAAUAAUUAGCUGUGAUUGGUCAAUUUCUUAAGGCUUAAGAUACCUAUUGUAGACCGGGACCAACCGGGCUUCUCUUCUCCAGCUCAGAGGAAGUGCGCUUGGGAACAUGCACGAUGUGUGACUCUCGUUUAAAACUUAAGGCUUUCGUUUAAUUAAGGUGUACAUAUAGCCGGUGAGAUGCUUUCCUGAGCCGUCCGACGACAUCGCCGGACGAUCCUUGUCCGCACGUCGGUUUUGUAUAGUAUACGACGCAGUUAAGGAUUUCUCGAAGGAAGCGGACACAUUCUAGAAAAAGACGAAAGAACGAAGAAAAAGGAAAAAAAACACAAACAGCAAUGUGGGCGGAGGAAUAUACCAAUUUAUUGUUACGAUGAACAUAAAUGUUAUCGUAUAAUUAUUAUAAUGACUGCACAGGGAGCACAAAAUUAUUUAUUGCUUCGAAGCAGCGCGAAGCGGCGACGAUUUAUUUCUAACAAAUAAACGGCAUCGUUGUUAAAGUCAUGCGUUCCUUUUUCUCUGUGUUUAUAUUUGUUUAUAACGCGCGACGCAUUAUAUAAAAAUGCAUUUUGCCUCUGCUUCCCUCUCGCAGACUCACAUUUGCAAGGCAAUCCGAAACCGGCGACUCGGCGAUACUCGCCGACAGACGUCACAAUUUGCACGUUUACGUGACCAUAAAAUCGAUACGACGAUUCAUCGUAUUGUGACUGUGGCGUAACAUACGUGUCGUGUAAUAUAUUGAUAAUAUGAUUGUUUAUAUGAUAUGAUAUGAAGCUAAUACAUUAUUCACGUAUUCACAUAGAACACACCGUGUUGAGAAAUCAGUUUCAAGUUGUGCAAAAAUUUGCAAUCGUUAUACACGCAUAUUCGUUCUCACCCGCGUCGCACAAAAUUAUUAUUCGUUCGCACCCGCGUCGGAGAUGGUUCACGCCGAAACGAAUCGGCACACGAAAUGACGCAUUUUGCGUUUUUUCCUUCGCUCUCCUAUUUCCGUUGUAUCAUACUUGCUCAUAAGAAGAAGACGAAGAGAUGCCUUAGAAUAAAUCAGUGGCGUGCGGUGCCCAUGUAUAUCUGUUGAGAAGUACAUUUUGCCGCAUUCGUGGGCACCGCAGAAUUGUUAAUUAAGACUCUCAAGCGAAUCGGUGAUGACGACGUCGGGGAACCCUUCUAAUCGCGAGUCCGCAGCGCGACUCCUGCUGACUUCGCUCGAUGUCGUGAUGCAUCAACCGGAUAGCGCAAGCUUUCCUAAAAGAUGUCCUAACCCUUUGAGUCUCGGUGUAUACGUAUAUUUAAGGAUGUAGCAUGUAAUGUUUUUGCCAAUAAAAAUGUUUCGCUUGAUUUA